AUGAAAACAAACAAUUUUCCUGUGAAAGUGCGCUGAAACAGCUUCCCGAUCACGAUGGCCGACCUGAAACGCGAUCUAGACGAAUACCUGCUGCUGCAGGCGGAUCAGAAGAAAAGUUUCAAGCUGGAAAUGCCAAAAAUCCCCACCAUUCCGACGCCUGGCCUGGUUGGUAAGCUGUUCGGUCGCAAUCAGGAACCAGAGGCGAACAGUUGGCUAAAGGAUACGCAGGACACUUGUUGCCCAAAGUUGUCCCGGAUACAACGAAUCGUCGGAUUCGUAACGUGCAUGGGACUGGGCAUUUUCUGCAUGAUUGUCUCCACCUUCUACAUACCCGUGUUGAUACUGAAGGCACGAAAGUUUGCCCUUUUGUACACGCUCGGCAGUGUAUUCUUUAUCAUGAGCUUUUCAUUCCUAAGCGGCUUCGGUGCGAUGUUCCGGCAGAUGUUUUCGCGUGAACGGGUGACCAUGUCCAUUAGCUACACCUGCUGCCUGAUGGCCACACUCUACUUUGCAAUGGUUGCACAAAGCACGGCAUUCACGGUUCUGUUUGCAGUGGCACAAAUAAUUACACUCCUAUGGAUGAUCCUGGCCGCUGUACCGGGUGGCAUGAGCGGAGUAAAGUUCUUCGGCAGUAUGUUCCGGAGUUCGGUCAGCAGCACGCUGCCGGUGUAAGGCCAAGGUGCGACGGUCAUUUGCAUGGACAAGUGUGAUAUCAUAUUGUAGUUGUAUAGGAUAACAGAGAUUAAGAUUACAUCUAGGCAUAACCUAACCCGCAGCUCGGCCAUCGGAACGCCUUUCACCGGAAGUGAGAUCGAGCGUCGAGAGCACGAGUAUUUUAUGGAGUAUAAACGGUUAAAUAAAAGUCCCCAUUAUGUUG